GCAAACCAACCUCUCUCUAAUAUUUUCCUCCUCUUCACUUAUUACCCACUGAACUCUCUCUCUCUCUCUCUCAGUUGAAUGAAUGCAUCCCUCUUGACUAGUGGUCUCUUUUCUUCUCUCUCUCUCUCUCCCUCUCUCUUUUGAAACAGUGCUCACUUCAGUUUCUUGCCCUUUCCCAGGUCAGAAAGGAAGAUCAGAAAAGAAAUCUGUUGUUGAUGAUCUGAUCUUUCUCUCCCUCACACUCACACAAUCUGCAGUCUUUCAAGUUUAGCAGCACAUAAUCUCUUCUCCCAUACCCAAAAAAGAAGGCUGCUGCUGAUGCUGCUUUUGCCGAUGAUGAUGAUGACGAAGAAUAUGAUGGGCUGAAGUGAAGGGAAGGAUCUUCUUCUUCUUUUAGCAAAUCUUCCCUCUGAUCUCUUCUUCACAUUUUGCUCACUUCAGACACCAAUCAGCUCUCUCUUCAGUCUUCCCCACUUUCCUUAUCAAAAUAUAUUAGUUUUUUAUGCGAUAGUUUUUUUUUUCUUUGUAUUAAGAGCCCCAUGCAAGAAAAAUCCAUCUUCUCCUUUGUCCAGCUGCUCCUCAUCAUCAUCAUCAUCAUGUUAUUCCUAGUCGCUUAUUGAUUAUUAUAAUUCUAUUGCCCACCUGAAGAAAAUCAUAAAACAAUUUAUUAAUUUGAAAUCCCUUUCACCUUUUUUCCUCCUUAAAGUGGAAGAAGAAUUUGCAAUCUCUCUCUCUGUCUCUCUCUCUCUCUCUCUCUCUCUCUCUUUCAAGCUUGUUUGUUAUAUAUAAGGAAAGCAACUCCCACACCCUUCCCCUUCCUCUUCCUCUCCUCUCACUCCCAAGCCCCCUGAUUUGGUGGUCUUGACCUCAUGGCAAUCAAGUAGAAACCCUAGAACAUCUUGGCACAGCAGAUCUUGUCGGAAACCGGUGUAGUCUCACAUUUUUCCCGGGUUCUUCUGGGGAGAAGAGGAAAUCUUUUCCAGAUGGAACUGGUUCCGGGGUCAAACAACCCCGGCAGCUAUGAGUCGGUGAACCCGAUGAUGUCCCCGUCGAGUAAUGCCAUUGGCAGCAGCAUCGCCCCCGGGGGAUCCUCCUCUGCCACGUCGUCGUCUUCCUCCCCUACGGCCCCGAGCCGGUAUGAGAACCAGAAGAGGAGAGACUGGAACACCUUCUGCCAGUACCUGAGGAACCACCGCCCCCCGCUGUCGCUCGGCAUGUGCAGCGGGGCCCAUGUGCUGGAGUUCCUGCGAUAUCUCGACCAGUUCGGGAAGACCAAGGUUCAUAACCAGUCAUGCCCUUUCUUCGGACUUCCCAACCCGCCCGCCCCGUGCCCUUGCCCGCUCCGCCAGGCUUGGGGUAGCCUCGAUGCCCUCAUCGGCCGGCUCCGAGCUGCCUUCGAGGAGCAUGGGGGCAAGCCCGAGGCCAACCCGUUUGGUGCCAGAGCCGUGCGGCUCUACCUCAGGGAAGUCCGCGACUUCCAGGCCAAGGCUAGAGGAGUCAGCUACGAGAAGAAGCGGAAGCGUCCAAAGCAGAAGGGACCAUUGCCUGCUCCAGGUGCAAACUGAAUGAGGGAUGUGAGACCCCAUAUGGGCUCCACAGCAUCCAAUGGCUGACAUAAACUCUGAAGAAGUUCUCAAGAUCUGAUAGUCGGUAUUUAACCGUCCAUGACCGAUCUGAAGGAGGGAUUUCGAAUCUCCCUAUCUGCUUCAAGCUGAGUAUGGUACUUUUGUCUCAAUUUGCUGUUAAUUUUCCUACUAUAAGAUAUAGAUGGGUUUUAUUAUCUGCUGAUGAUGAACUUGUAAUAGUUCUGAGAUGAUCUGCUUAAUUAAUAUUUUUGCUUUUUAUAUUCUAA